AUGGCUUAUGACGGUGGUCGUGGUGGUGGCCGCGGACGCGGUGGCGGACGUGGUGGUCCCGGUGGCGGCCGUGGUGGCGGCCGUGGCGGCGGUUCUUUCAAGCGCGGCGGUGCUCCCGGUGGCCGUGGUGGCGGUCGCGGCGGUGGCCGUGGACGCGGUGGUCCCGGCGGCCGUGGCCGUGGUGGCCGCGGUGGUGGCCGUGGUGGCAGCAAGCAGGUCAUUGUCGAGCCCCAUCGUCACGGUGGUGUCUUCCUGGCCCGCGGCAAGGAGGAUGCUUUGGUCACUCUCAACACGACCCCCGGCGAGUCAGUGUACGGCGAGAAGCGCAUCUCUGUUGAUGCCGCUGAGGGUCAGAAGGUCGAGUACCGUGUCUGGAACCCUUUCCGUUCCAAAUUGGCCGCCGCCAUCCUCGGUGGUGUCGACAGCAUUCACAUGGGCCCCGGCAGCAAGGUCCUUUACCUCGGUGCUGCCUCUGGCACCACCGUCUCUCACGUUGCGGAUCUUGUCGGCAAGGACGGUCUCGUCUACGCCGUUGAGUUUUCUCACCGCUCCGGUCGCGACUUGAUCAACAUGGCCAAGAAGCGCACCAACGUUAUCCCCAUUAUUGAGGAUGCUCGUCACCCCCACAAGUACCGCAUGCUCGUGCCCAUGGUCGACUGCAUCUUUGCUGAUGUGGCCCAGCCCGAUCAGACCCGUAUCGUUGCUCUCAACGCGCACAACUUCCUCAAGAACCAAGGCCACUUUGUCAUCUCCAUCAAGGCCAGCUGUAUCGACUCAACUGCCCCUGCUGAGGCCGUCUUCGCCGCGGAGGUGCAAAAAAUGAAGGCUGAGAAGAUGAAGCCCCUCGAGCAGCUUACCCUUGAGCCCUACGAGCGUGAUCACGCCGUCGUCAUUGGCACCUACAGGCCGCCCUCCAAGAACAAGAAGUAA